AUCAGGGGCAAGAAGUAAAACAGGAUUCAGUUCAUUGAUUUUGCUUUUCAGCAACAAACAAAUAUCUAUUGUUAAGUAUAGUGGAGGUUCUGUGAUGCUAUGGGCCCCUUUCUCCCCCAAAGUUUAAAACAGUCAUAUAACAUUUAGACUUAUGGUUGUGGUGAGAGAAAACGCUGGAAAGUUUAAGAGUUUAAUAAAUUUACUAAAUUACUGACUUUUUUUGUGAAUGUUAGAAAAAUCUACGUGUUCGGCAUAAUCAAAUUGUUUCACUUCUAUCUCAGCUAUUUUCUGUCACUUUAUGAAAUUCAAAGCCAGAAUGUUUUUUCAUAAUCACUCCUUUAAACGUGUACGUUUUUACUUCCUUACUCUGCUAUUUUCAUGCAUCUCUAUGAACCAGCUGAAGUAAUAUUUUUUUUCUAUUACCAGCACUUACUCAGAGCCUUUCUGUGGACGCAUGCUGUGCGCUGGAGCCUCACCUCUCAUUUCCAUUGCAUUAAACUAUCAGAAUGUCUCUAUAAGCUGUCCCCCUUGGAGAAAACUGGUGACAAGCAGGUGGACACAGAAACGAGGGACGUGCAGAGGCUGUUUGCAGCCAGAAGGAGGCGAUCUCGCUCCUCCUCUUUCUCCUCCUCCUCCUCCUCCUCCUGUCCUCUGGUCCGCUCAGCUUGGCCAGAGCUUCCAGUCUGCUGGGUGAGAUCAUUACCAGACACCAGGCUCCGGGACCUGACAUUCACCGAUUGGAAAAGCAAAGAGAGAGAGAGAGAGAGAGGCACACAGGCUCAGAGAGCGAGAGAAAAGACUUGAUCCAGUGCAGCCGGCGAGCUAACCCUGCGGUGUGCAGCCUCAGCUCCCCGCUCCUCCGCUGCACGGACACGGCUCAAAGCGCGCUCUGUUGUCGCAGAAAAUCUUUUCCCCCCUCGUUUGGAUUUUUUGACUUGUAGUCGGAUGCGGGCUGCUUGUUUUGACUGCAGUAACAGAGCUGCUCCCCCUCCUCCUUUUCCACCUUCUUCUUCCUCUUCUCCUCCUCCGCCUCCUCCCCUCCUUCCAGCCGAGUAGCGGAUUUGCGAGGGAUCUCAGCGCCGACUCACCAGCGAUCCCGCAAGGCACCGGGACACGCUCUCUGCACCGCUGCGGCUCUCCGGCUGCUCCCGCCUGCAGGAGACCCCGAUCGGCUCUGCUUUCUGCCAGAACCUGGACACGACCUCCAAGUUCCCUGCUGGAUUCUUCUUCCUCUUUUUUUUUCUUCUUAAUCCCUAUUUUUAUUAUUAUUUUUUUUUACAUUUUAAACAUUUUUUUGCAACCUUGAUUCUCAUCGGAUCGCCCGCAAGUCACCCCCUCCCGUCCCCCCCUCUUCUCGCUCCUCUCUUUCCAAAGCGCUUGUUGACGCCAUUUUUCCCCGGGGUUUUCUGUCAGAGAAAAAUCCAUCCACAUUUACUCCCCGGCACCGUUUGACAGCUCCCCAGGAGGCUGUCAUCCCAUCCGUCGCUUGUGUAAAAAAACAAAAAACAAACAAACCCCCCUAAAAAACGUGUCUCGGCUAAAUGGAUUGUAAAUGAUCUCGAUGAAAUAUUCACACCUUAGAGCCGGCUGUGUGACAACGUUAGACAUGGAUUGUCCCUGGCUUCGCUGCGUUCCAGUGGGACAACAGACGCAAUCCCAGUAGCUGACUGACAGCACCAAGCAGCCCACUAGACCCCUGCGCUGAAUCUUCUCAUUGGCCGACUGCCAGAGCUUCGCCCCCCCAUCCUGACUGGCUCUGGCGGGAGCGUGGAUGGAGCCGAGGGAUCUGGUUGGCUCAGCCCGACCCAAAGAGGCGGACCUUCGGGGAGGCAGGGCAGGGCCCAGCGAGGAGCAUCAACUGGCGGCGGGAGGCGCCGGGCCGGUGCACGGCGAUGACGUGAUUAACAGCGCUGCCAGUGAGGGGGAGGGGCUAGAGGACCAAGGGGAGGGGCUUAUGGAGGAGCAGGAGUUCUCCAUCAAGGAAGCGAGUUUCCAGGAGGGAAGUCUCAAGUUGAAGAUCCAGACCACCAAGCGCACCAAGAAGCCGCCCAAAAGCCUCGAGAACUAUAUUUGCCCGCCAGAGAUCAGGAUGACCAUCCGACCUCCGGCUGGAGAGGGCAAAGGGGGACGACAAGGGCGGACAGGAGGCGGGGCAGGAUCAGGGCGGGGCCCCAAGGACGAAGAACGAGGUCCCCCGAGAAAAAGGACUUACGAGCGCCAGUUCAGAAUGCCUGACCAGAGAGAGGGGGGUCUUCUGCAGCUACUGGGUGAUCCCGCUCCACCCAAACACCAGCCGCGCGCCGCCCUUCUCCCCAACGCCCAGCAAACGCAGCAUGGUCUCACUCAGAAGUUCCAGCACAGUCACACGCAGCAGCACCAAAUCGGUCCCGAAUGGAUCACGUCUGCGGCAGCUUUUUCCUCGCCGGGCCAACCGGCCGGCAUUGAGUCAUCCGGUGACUUGGCGGGAGGGAGCAGAGGCUCAUCGCUCGACGCGACGCAGCCUUACUCCCGGGCAGCGACUUCAAGCCCGUCUCCCCAGAGAUCCAUGACUCCGGACCUGCAGCUACCGGUGGUCACAGACGCCAGCAUUCUCAACCUCACCUCACUGAGCAGGGGAAAAGGUUUGCAGGAGGUCAGUGAACAACUCUUUGGAAAUAUCAAGAGGAAAUAUGGGAGGAAAGACUCUCAGAGGAUGUUCGCGAACCCCCAGAGCGCUGAUGCACCUUGGGGAAGGCAGUCGGAAAGGGAGACGGAGAGCACUGCUAACGCUGAAGAGAGGCAGAGAUACAGGCUAGAGGGGGCGGCCGAGCAGUUCCAGGAAGCAAGGGAGGAACGAAGGAAAGACGAGCGAGAGCAAGCAAACACCGGGAGGAGAGGCAAUGAAGAAGAGCGAGGAAUGCCUGUGCAGGCGGAGGACGGGAAAGGAAGAAAAAGGCGGAGGAGGCCUUCAUUUGAUGAGUCGUUUUCCAUGGAGGAGCAGUCCCAGCAGCAGACUCUGCUGGAUGCUCCAGAGAAGCCCCUGGCCGGACCCCCCGAACCUAAAAUAGCGUACAAGAUAGAGGCCCACAAAAACGAUUCUCGACUUUCAAGUCAGAGGGAUGGCAGUGCAGAGAGGGUUGAAAAGGCAGAAAAAGCUGAUAGGAGGGAUAAAGCAGAGAGGGCAGAAAGAGGAGAGGCAGCUACAUGCGGACCUGACCAGGAAACCGAUCUGAGCUCCAACAGAUUGAAGAAAAACCCGGUGGGCCGACCGAAGACCCUCACAGAUUCCCUGAAACUCAGAGAGGCAACAUACAAUCAGAUCAACAAACCCAGUCUUGGCAUAAACCCCAGACUCCCCAGCCCCAGCUCUAGAGUUAGCUUGAGUCCGACGUCCAGCCCUAAAUCCAGGAUUAGCAUCAGUCCAAGUCCAAGUCCCAGACCCAGGAUGGACCUGAGUCCCAGUCCCAGUACUGGGAGCAGCCCUGCAGCCACCUCCAGGCCAACCAAGGCCAACGAAAGGUGGUCCUACCUGAAAGCUAAGAGUCAUACGAGUCUCACCUCCCCUCAGAGAGACAGCAUGGGCAGCCCCUCUGCUCUGGCAGAUCCACCCUCUGCCUUCCCGAUCACCCCCUCCAGUCCGCUCUACACCAACACCGACAGCCUGACCGUCCACGCCCCCAUCAAGAGGAAGCGUGGACGUCCCAAGAAGCAGCCCCUCCUGACCGUCGAGACGAUUCACGAGGGCACGUCCACGUCACCUCUGAGCCCACUGGCGAAGGAGUCAAACCUGGGAAUAAGCCGCAGGAGAAAGAUGCACACGCUGAACGCAGCGUCCACCUCUCCUAGUGACGGUUUCAACAGUCUGAAGGUAAAGCGAGGGAGAGGUCAUCCCAGGGCGGUGAUCAAGACCAAGCUUGGGAAAAUGCAGAGCAUCCUGAACGAGAUCCUCUCUGGAUCCAGUCAGAACGGCUCCCUGGCUCUGAAGUCGGCUUCUGCUCCGGUUACCUCAGCCAUGAGCGCCAUGGCGACCACCAUCGAAGCUCGAUUGGGUAAGCAGAUUAAUGUCAGCAAGAGAGGAACCAUCUACAUUGGUAAGAAGCGAGGGCGCAAGCCCAGAGCGGAGACCCAAGGCUCCGUCGCCCUCAAAGCUAGCAGGGACAAGCCCCAGAUGUCACUGUCCACGUCCAGUUUUUACGACAGCCCUGCAGUGCCUUCCACCAACUCGUCUCCCAGCUCAUGCGCUCCGUCGCUGAGAGCCAGCAACACUGACGCCACCAUGCCGAGUUUGCAGCCUAUCUCAGCUCUGCCCACCAAACCGUUAGGAAGAGGAUUUCUCUCUGGAGGCUGGAAACUUUCUCCUCCUCGUCUUCUGGCUAACUCACCCUCCCACCUGUCAGAGGGGGCGUCGGUGAAGGAGGUGACCUUGUCCCCCAUCAGCGAGUCCCACAGCGAGGAGACUAUCCCCAGUGACAGCGGGAUUGGAACAGACAACAACAGCACCUCCGAUCAAACCGAAAAGGGUCCUGCCUCUCGUCGCAGGUACUCGUUUGAUCUUUGCGGGUUCGAGUCCCCAGAGGCCGCCGCUCUGGACACGUCCACCAGGGGGAGCAGACCGCGCUGUGAACGAAAGGCCACUGCCGUGGACAGCUAUCUGUCACAGCAGGAAAAGAAGCAGAAACAUCACCGGAGGAAGAGGAAAUGCCUGCAGACUCGGGACCAUCUUCAUUUUCUCUCUGAACUGGAAGAGGUUGUGUUAAAGUUCCAGCAGCUGCGGGUUUCUCACAGGCUGUACACCUGCUACCCUCAGCAUCCGUACCCGUCUAUCUUCCGGCUGAAUUUUCACCAUUACUACCCGCUAAGCUACGACUCCUAUGCCUGCGACUCCGGAUCAUACCUGCGCAGGAGUGCAGAUCUGAAGGCCAAACGGAGGCGUGGUCGUCCGGCCAAAGCCAGCGAACCAAUCACAUCCAAGCUGCCGUUUGUCCCCGGAUAUGGCUAUGCGCUAGGAGGGGGGAAUUACUAUGCAGCGCCGUAUGCGAUGCCUUACGCACCCCCUCUGAAUCUGGGCUACUUCCCCACUACGCCACCGUUUUACCUGCCCCACCACUCGCUUGGCCCUGCACCCCCAUCUCCUUUCAUGAGGCCCGCUGUCCCACCGCCAAAAGCCUUCCUCUCGAGUGGGCACCCCAAACUGCAGGUGGGGGCGAAGAUCCGCAGUGCCAGUGGCCCACUUCAGGGCCCCACUGUGAGAUCGGAGGCUCUGGGCUCUCUGAGCGGCGGCAGUGCAGGUGGUCUGGCCGGGGUCCGCCUUCAUAAGAGAAAGCACAAACACAAGCACAAGCACAAGGACGAGCCUCUCCUUUCCCCGAGGGACCGCCAGGAGUUGGGCGGACUUUUCAGUGGCGCCAAGACCAACGUGCGGCUCGGCAUGCUGAGCGAGAGGCGGGACUUGGCUGGUCAGGGUCCCUCAAAGCAUCUGGAGAAGCAGAGGGGCAACACGAGGAGCCCCAGCCUGGGAUCCGGCCUGGGGAUUUUCGAGUCGGACCAGCUGUCCGGCCACUCGCUCGCCGAGAGCCAGUUCCACUCCCGUCAGACUGCACAGCCUGCGAAGGGCUUCAUGAGCAGCUACGGCAGCCAAUCGCAGCGGUCGGAGGCGGCCUCUGACCUUUUCUCGGGGUUACGGGAGGAUGAGUGUGCCGGGAGGAGCAGAAGGACGAGGCUCACUGUCUUCGGAGAUCAGGGCUUAAUGUCUUUCCAAACGGCCAGGCAGGAGACGGAGCAGAUGAACGAGCGCUCUAGUCCAGCUCUCACUGGUGUCCCUGCUAAGAGGAGGUAUAAACGCCGUGAGGUGGAACAGAUCCAGAAGGACGUCAGGAGGAUGCAUUCUUUGAACUUUGAUCAUGUGCAGAAGAUCCUGCGUGCCAAGCGUCUGCAGCGACAAGCCAAAACAGGAAAUAAUGUCAUCAAGCGGCGGCCCGGGCGGCCCCGAAAGCAGCCCCUGGAGGAGUCGCAGCCGGCCAGCAUGAGGGAGGAAGUCUGGGCCGACGCUCGAGGUCUGAAUGUCCCUGCCAGCAGGAAAGGCGACGGCAGGACUUUGGGGAUGCCCGUCCUGGAGAGGUGCGACAACCUGCCGGGUCGGCACAGCCUCAGGCCGAGCCUGGCCCUGGAGUCUCAGGAGCUCCCCGCUCACGACUCCAUCGCAGCGACUAUCGAGACUGUGGUGCACCAGGCACGAUGCGUCCCUCCUCCCGGGAAUAAAGAGGGCAAACGCAGAGGCAGGGGCCACAGCAGGGACCAACUGUGGGCCCCUGGCAGUCAGUAGAUGCCCUGAACUGAAGGUAGAGCAGCUACCAGAAUCAGAGCUGCUUCAGCCCUAACAGAUGCAGUGCCCUUAAAGCGGGAACUCUUUGAUGCACUUUGACUUGUAUCUCCUCCUCCAGCCGGUGGAGAGGAGCCCAGGCGGCGGAGAGGUAACGGAGGAGCGACAGCCUCCCUCUGUCUGCAGAAACCCCGACCAGACACGGGCUUUUCAAACGUCCUCCAGACCUGUUUUCACAUCGGCAUUCUACGGUACUCUACGAUACUGAAUCUGAUGCUAUAAAAGUGUGUGGUACUUAUGAUAGAGUAGGAUUUCAUGUGAUUCUUUAUGUAUCUGAUACAGUGACGUCUAUGGUACUUUACGGUACAGUAUCUGAAUGUGGCUUUAGCCAUAUAUUUACCAGCAAAGGGGAAGUGGGUGGGGGUGGUUCAUAUAAAACUGUGCAGCUCUGCUUAUUUUUUGCCUUUUCGUGGAAGCUUGUGAGACACGCAGGAUAAUACAUCAGUAAUUAACCCUCCCUAACCUCUCUGGGAUAUUUUUUUCCCCCUUAUCAUUUUCUAAGGUUUCUCGCCCACUUUUUGAAGAAAUUCACACUUUUCCUGGCAGCUCAUCAUCUUCUCCGUUUCACCCCCAAUUCUCCUCAGAUUUGCUCCUACUGAUGUUUUCAAUCUGCAGUCCUUGAGCUUCCUUGUUUCAGUAUGUCUGUCAUGUAUUUCUCCUGUCUCGCUCAGGCCUCUCCUGGGCAGGGAAUCAAAGGCAAUACGGUGGAUGAAACAUGUCCCCCGACUGUACAUAGAACUAAAAGUCCACUGUUGCCUGCCUUGUACAAUGGGAAAAAAAACCAGCUCAUAGAUGUGUACUGGCUUCCAGUAUAAUAAAUAGAAUUGUAGAUAAUGAAAAUGUGUAUUGUUUUAUAACCAAAAACAGACAUGGGUGUGACUCAAGACAAGUAUGUUUUCAGACAGAAGAAUACCACGUAUUUUCAUUCAUAUGCUCAUUAUUGUGUUUGUAUCCAGGGCUUGGGGCGGGGAGGGAGUGUUGGGUAAAAGAGGAAUGUCGGAUGUGUUUUUUGCUGAACUUUUAGAGUUUGUUAAAUGCACUAUGAAGAACCGUUCACUUGCAUCAAUCACAAUGCAGCACUUACAUGCUUGUUCUAGCCUUAUGUGUUCUUUGCAUCUGCUGGGCUGGGCGUCCGGUCCAGAGAGCAUGCGUUAUUUUUUUUAAUCAAUUUAUAUAUGCAGGCCGCGCAGCCAAAAAGCAUUAAAAAAAAAACAAAAACAACAAAAAGCAAAACAAAUGAAGCCUGAGUGCAAGUCACAAUUGGACAGUUCAAUUAACAGCCCCAUCCUCCCCUUUUUAUGUUUGUACUUAAGCUGAUUUCAGUGAAGCAAAUCCAGUGUUUUGACUUUGAAAUCAAAGUCUCAGAACUCCGUAAGGAUGUAGUAUUUGA